GAGGUGAAAGGUCGCACUGGUUUGUGGAGCUAGCGGCGGGAGCGGGAGGUCGGGGGCCGGCGGACACACCGAGUGCCAUGGUGACCGGCGGCAGGAGCGGGCCGUGACUCGGAGCUGAGAGCCGCGGCGGCGGGAAAGGAGGAGGGGGAGGCCAUGUUUGUGCAGGAGGAGAAGAUCUUCGCGGGGAAGGUGCUGAGGCUCCACAUCUGCACCAUGGAGGGGGCCGAGUGGCUGGAGGAGGUCACCGAGGAGACCAGCGUCGAGAGCAUCAAGGAGCGCUGCUUGAAGCACUGUGCACAAGGUGGAUUAGAAGAUCCAAAGACGAUAACACACCACAAACUCAUUCAUGCUACGUCAGAGAGGGUCCUAUCAGACACAAAGACGGUCAUCGAGGAGAACCUACAGGAUAAAGAUGUUUUAUUAUUAAUUAAAAAGAGAGCACCUGCUCCUCCGAAAAUGGCCGAUGUGUCUGCUGAAGAAAAGAAGAAACAAGAGCAAAGGGCGCCAGAUAAAGAGGCAAUCAUGAAGAUAACAGCUCAACUUGUUGCUCGGCAAGCUGAUCGGGUGGUUACCCAGCACAACCUGCGAGAUUUUCAGACAGAACUACGGAAAAUCCUUGUUUCCCUAAUAGAAGUGGCACAGAAACUGCUAGCUCUAAAUCCAGAUGCUGUUGAAUUAUUUAAAAAGGCGAAUGCAAUGUUAGAUGAAGAUGAGGAGGACCGGGUGGAUGAGGCAGCACUGCGCCAGCUGACUGAGAUGGGCUUCCCUGAGAGUCGAGCGGUGAAAGCACUGCGGCUGAAUCAUAUGUCUGUAACACAGGCUAUGGAGUGGCUAAUUGAGCAUGCAGAGGACCCAACAAUCGACACACCGCUACCUGGGGAUGGGACAGCUGGAGGGCCAAGAGCAGCUGCAAAGAAUGCAAAGCCAGAAGCUGUCCAUGAAAUUGCCAAACAAGAUGAAUUGACUGACAUCUUUAAGAAAAUCAGGCGGAAACGAGAAUUUCGACCAGAACCCAGAGCUAUGAUUGCUCUGAUGGAAAUGGGAUUUGAUGAAAAGGAGGUGAUAGAUGCUUUACGAGUUAACAAUAACCAACAAGAUGCUGCUUGUGAAUGGUUGCUGGGUGAUCGGAAGCCCUCCCCUGAGGAGUUAGAUAAAGGUAUUGACACUGAAAGUCCAUUAUUUCAAGCCAUCCUGGACAAUCCUGUUGUACAGCUGGGACUGAUUAAUCCUAAAACACUACUUGCAUUUGAAGAUAUGCUGGAAAAUCCGUUGAACAGCACUCAGUGGAUGAAUGAUCCUGAGACAGGUCCUGUGAUGUUGCAGAUUUCUAGAAUCUUUCAGACUAUGAAUCGCACAUAGGACAACUGCUCUGCCUUGACAGAAAAGCUUCCAGCUGUUCACCUGCAGAAAAGGGUGCCAUCUCCUGAGAAGAGUGUUUGUUGGUGGAUUAUUCACUAGUGGACCCUGUUUGUACUUGAUAUGGGUAGAUUGCAACUACAUCCACUUAACUACUGUUGCCUUUGGAUCUAGUGCUUAACGGCCUUGAUUUGAAGCUUUUAAUUUAAAGUAAAUGCUGUUAGUAAAUUGCACAGAGUUUGAGACACAAAAGAGAACGCUUAUACUUAAAAAAAAAGCAAACAGUAAUCCCACUUUAGGGAAAAGGCAAAAAUUGUGUCUCAUGGCUUUUGGAUUUGAGAACAGCCAAAGAAUAAAGGGAAACGGUGUGAUGUUCACUAAUUAAAUGAUUAUUGUUUGACUGUGUCUCAAUUUUGGAGCCCUGUUCCUCUUUGAAAGAAGCAGUGAACAAUGUUUUUGUAAACAGGGGAACUAUACUGUCCCUUUAAAUGCACCAAAGCAAACUUGGAAGAACCUUUAAUGUGGGGAGCAGUAGAACACACUUGGUUAUCUAGGUUGCUUGUCUGAUAAGAACCUCAGAAUUAGCAGUGUUGUAGUGAAGGAGCCGAUGCUGCAGUGAUUGCAAAUAAAUGGUUGCCCUUUAAGUGAAUGAGGGGUUUCUGUACACCAGUCUAGGUUCUGUUUGAUACACUUGUAAUGUCAGAGUGGAUAGUGCUGUAAGAAGACUUAGAAUGUCAAACAGGUCUGUUUAAUAUGCAGAAUGCUCCUCCUGAUUGCUUUUUUUUGAAAGGAUAAAAGCAAUCUCAUAAUGGGAAGAAAUGUUUCUUUUAUAGUUUUGGAGAGAAGCCACUUUCUCAUUAUGAUACCUUGGUGCUCAUUACCACGGUGUACAAAGAAUCUAUAAAUGUUGAUUUUUAUACAAUAGUCAAUUUGGAGAUCUUGUAUAGAUGAAUUUUUAUUUGUGAUAGCCCAGAUGUUCUACAUACCAGCCUGCACUCUACAGAAUGAGGAAAUACAACUAAAACUAGGAGGCAUUAUGUGCGAUGAAGGAUUUGUCCACUGGAAUCUAUCAUUGCUGCUGGCAAUUGAAGGAGUUUGACUUUAUUACAAUCAGUGAGGUAUUAAAACUGGCCUCAGGGAUUUGAAUACUGAUGGAGUGCUCUGUAUAUUAAAAAGUGAUUUGGUUGCUGGGAUUUUCCUCAAUGCCAGAGUCUCUGAAAGCAGUAACAUCUUACAAAAGAUAUGUAACUGAGAUUCUGUCAAAAUAAAGAAACCCGAAGGAGGGAGUGCUUUCACCUCUGUGCAGUGAAACUGUAAUCUCCUUCUAGAAAGAGUUGAUAGUGGUGCUACAUGUAGGGGGCAAAAACUGCAGUUCUUCCCUGUGGUGCUUGCUUGUGUUUUAUAAAUGUUCUCGCUCUUAAAAGAGUUGUACUGAAAACAUCAGGCGUUGACCAUUUUAAAGACAGCUUCACUGUAAUCAAAGCAUCCGAUAAAGCGACUUGGGUUUGUACUUAGCGUGUGAGACUAGCGAUGCUUUAAAGGUGAGGCUAAGCAGUGUGGUGAAGAUUUUUUUGGAAUAUUUAUUUUAGCUGAAAAGAAUUGUCAAAAGUUUUGCUUUAAAGGGAGUCAUGCCAGGCUUGUAAUUAGCUGGCUGCUUUUUGAAAUUUUGUUGACUUUUAAUUUCUGGUUUUCUUUGCUGCUUUUGAAAAGAAUGUUAAAUUUUAUUGCCAUCGUCAGCGUUUCUACUGAACAGACCAGCUAACUUCCUUCCUUCCAAAUUGGCUCCAUCUAGAUUUGGUUACCAGAAGAUAACCGUCUCUGCCUGAAAUGCAGUUUUAAAUUGAUGCCUAGAAUUAUUAACUAUGAUUUGUGCAAUUUAAAAAAAAAUUGAUUGUGUGACUUCAGAAACUGAAAUAUCAUGGUUGGCUGCUUCUUGACAUCACAGAUUGGGGUAUUUUCUCAUUCCACUGUUAUCGACUUAACUACACUUUUUUUUUCUCUAUCUAGAAUUCCGUUUUCUCUUAGCAAUUUCCUUCCCCUUUCCUUCAGAAGAUAUUGAUUUGUUGCUUGGCAUUCUCCAUGGAUGCCUAGCUGCCUUGUGUACCUCAUCAAAAUGACAAUCAGAACACAGACAAGGCUGUCAGGCGGGAAGUUCAGACAUGAAUGGGUUGGGUGUGAGGGAUUUUGCAGCAUUUGUGUUUGGACAUCACUCAUUUUUCACUUCAUUAAUUUCCUGAGCCAUUGCAGGGUUCCUCAUAAGCUUAAUGUGUGUGGGGACCGUUUCAUUAAGUAGCCUCCACCAUACAAUUCAGGUAGCUGUCUGGUACAAUUCCUAAUUUGUGCCAUGUGGUGUGUUUUUCACUUCUGGAGCUGUGUAAGCCCUAACAGUGUGUUUAAAUAUUGAUUCAUCAGCGGAAAGUGAAACUGUAUCACCAUGUUGCAAGCAUCUGAAUGUGUGGUCUACUCUUCUGUGUCAGUCUCCCAGUCUGUCAGUCUAACAUUUUUAAACUAUUACUGCUUUCCUUCACUUUCAAAUUCAUCUUUUGAAUACUCUGGGGGAAGAAAAACUGGACAGUCCAGUCCUUUGACAAUUCCACGAAGGAAAUCAAUUGCUGGUCAUAGUCAUACAGCACGGAAACUUGUCCAACUCAUCUGUGCUAACCAGCCACCCCAAUCUGACUUAGUCCCAUUUGCCAGCAUUUGACCCACAUCCCUCUAAACCCUUCCUAUUCAUUUACCCAUCCAGAUGCCUUUUAAAUAUAAUUGUAUCCACCUCUUCUACUUCCUCUGGCAGCUUGUCCCAUACCCGCACCACCCUCUUCUGAAACUCUUGGGUUCCUUUUUUAAAUCUUUCCCCUCUCACCUUUAAACCUUUUUAGGUUUGGACUCCCCUCCCUAGAACAAAGACCUUGAGUGUUCGCCCUACCCAUGCCCCUCAUGAUUUUAUAAGCCUUUUAUCAGAUCGCCCCUCAGUCUCCAAAGCUACGGUGGAAAAAAAACAAGCCUAUUCUUUGAAAUCCCUGAUUUGGAUCAUAUGAUUUUCUCUUAUUCCUUUUGCAUUAAACAAUUGAGCUAUAAAUAGCAAACUUCCUUUUGGCAGAGGUGUGUACACGAAUACUUGAAGCUCAGUCUCUAAUUGCGAAUUAAGUGAUCCACUGUUCAGCUUGGAUAAAAGUGAUGUCAUCUUUUUGUUCUGUACAAGUCGGAAGAGCAGUCCUUUCAUCUGCACAGUCUACUGUGAUCUGUCUCUGUCAAAGUUAAAUUCCUGUGUGUGAGACUAAAAUUAUUCAUGUUAAGGUUUGGAAGCCAGUGGAUCUGUCACACCUGACCUACUCCCUGUGUAUGUAGAGUUGGAUAAUGGUGUUCCUGAUUAUGUCAUCUAUUGCCUUUUUAGCUUUGAAAGAUUCAAAACCUAUCUUGUACGUGGCUCCUCAAUAUCCAAUGACGUGCUUUUAUCACCAGAGACCGGUUACUACAACAUUAGUGCUGUAUUUAAAUUAAAAUGUUUGAACCUUGCACCACCAUAUUUCACCUCUUACCAAAUGAUUGUUAGUGGAAAUGUCAGUCUGUAAAUGGGCUCAGUUAUUUUUUCUAUUGCUAAUGUUCUGACUUUUACUGCCUUUCACAUACUGGUUUCCUUGCUGUGCAUCUGAAUGUAAUAGUCAGUGCAAAGAGAUUUUUCUCCUCAGCGAAUGGAUGCUGCAAUUAGCUCCUGGCAGCAAUCCCCAGCAGCCUAGAAUCUGCUGCUGUAAGCCAGAACAAGGGAUGAGGCAAGGUUGGUGCGAGUCAUUAACGUUUUAAAAGACACACCUAAAGCUGAUGAUGUAUUCUGCCUAUUCAAAGCUGAACUGUAGCAAACCAUAGGUCAUCUAAAAUGUGCAAUUACAAUCCUCAAUGGAUGAAAUUGUAGAUUUAGCAGGUAAAUUAGUAAUGUGAAAGGCAGGUUAAUUUUUCUCAUGCUAAUGUGUCUGUUGUGUUUCUAGUUUUUAUUUAAUUUCCAGAAUUCUUUUGGUGCAUCUGAUUUCUGAAGUAAAACUUUGAACAUGGGUGGGUGGGUGAAUGGAAAGGAUGCACGUUUUGCUUGUGUUUUGGAUUCAGUAAAGUGUAUCUGAGCUGCCAAGAGUGGUUGUCAAUUGUAUUACAUAAAUGGGCUUUUUUAUGACUGCUUCCAGAUUAGAUGGCACAGCGGCACCCUUGAUCUGAACCCUGAUCUGACUGGAUCACUUUUGUCACUACUUCAGUGCAACUUGAGUUGCUCAUUAUUUAGACACAGGCCAAUUCAGAUUGCGACGAGACUGACCAAAAAAAAUGCUGUAUGUUCCUUCAGAUAAUGUGUUUUUAUGCUAAUUUUUAUGUAUUAAAUUAAAAGCUUGUGUUUCCGGUGA